AAAAAAAAAGUUCAUCUGUAUUCAAAUGAAAACUACAGUGUGAACAAGCAUUUCAACAGUGUGAACACAGCGGGGGAACAGGCAUCACCCCUUCAAUGUGUUAAGAUGAGGUCUGAGGGUUUUGUGAUUAAUGACACUGGGCAGCAACCAUGGUUGAUGGGGUCAGGUUCUAACCUUACUCCUUCCAAAGGCUGGAGAUUUCAGAUCUUGGCCAGGCCUGGGACCUGACUUCUGGGGCAGUCAGGCAGGAGGAAACAGGGCUGGCCAAAUUCAAAAUCAACUUUUUCUCCUUUAGUUCCUGGGAGAUUGCACAUUCCUCCACACCAUUUUGGGCCAGUUUUCGGCCUUAUUUUGUUGGCAGUCCUGGAGUUCUCACAAUUUUCUUUUCUUGGCUUCUGUUCUUGCCCAUUCCACAGCCUUGGGUAGAACUGGAUCUUAGUCUCAGUACCAAGUCCCUUACUGUGAAAACUUCAGCAGACAGUCCCCCUCUGUGCCCCAGGUCUGUGAGUAAAAUAGGCUUUGUGCCACCAAUACCAGCUUUCUCCUGGGACUCCUGGCAGAGUAGAGGCGAUGGGUGUGAGGAUGCUAACUGCGGGAAGGUGGCAGAGGGGAGAGCUGGUCAGCAUCAUAUGUUGGAAGAACAUCUAGGAGAAGAUGGAAAAGCCAGUUGCUCUCCAGGCCAUGCCUGGGAGGUUGUGGGAAGGUCCCGGGACAGCUAUGGAGGAUCCACUGUCCCUUCCAUCAGAAGUUGGAACAAAUACUUGUAGCUUGUGAUCCAGCUCAGGCCUGCCCUCACCUGGUUACACCUUCCAGUUACACCGGAGAGACUUGAAUAAAUGAGAUCACAUCUGACCUCACACACACCUAAGAUGCCCUGAGGAUCUACAUGCCCCACCCCUUUUCUGGAUCCCAGUUCUUCAUCUGUGGAAGGUGACCACACUACCUCCUGCGUGGACAUGUUGCAGACUCAGUGAGAAGACUCACAUCAGAGCACAAACUAGGAUGAGGAGCGCUGUCCCUUCCUCCGUACAAUAGGGCCCCCUGCUCUGUACGUUUAGCCUGGCGCCCUCCCCCAAUUUAGAGCUGCCCUGGCCACCCAUGAAACAUGGCUGUAUUGGCCGGAACCAGCCCAUGUUCUAGAAUCUUGUACUUUACAAUGUCCUUCUUAUUCUAGAAUCCCAUGGCUAUUCCAGACUGGGCGCUCUAGAACCAGAGGGGUCGGCUGCUCUUCCUGGACAGUGUCCGCCUGCUCAAGCUCUGCCGCCCGCCUUGAGUCUGUACUCCUGCCAUGAUGCGGUGGCGAGACCGUGUGGCUGUGCUCUUCUUCCCACAAGGCAUGAUUCUCACCAUGGCUGCACUGAUGCUCUUCUUCAUACACCUGGCUGUCUUUGCCAACGACGUGCACAACUUCUGGGUCACCUACCGUUACGACCGCAUGAGCUUCCGCUACACAGUUGUCCUGAUGUUCUCCCAGGUGAUCAGCAUCUGCUGGGCCGCCAUGGGGUCACUCUACGCGGAGAUGACAUAUGACAAGUUUCUUCGCUGCUUUUCCCUGACCAUCCUGAUGCUCAACGGGGCCAUGUUCUUCAACCGCCUGUCCCUGGAGUUUCUCGCCAUCCAGUACCGGGAAGAGAGCCACUGAGGCCUGGGACCCGGGCUGAGAAGGGGGAAGGAAAAGGCUGCUUCGGGUGUUUUAAUAAAGUCUAUCAUUUAUUUCCA